AGGGUGGUGGACUGGUGGGGUGGGACCCGAGCGGCGUCGCGGCGGAGGUGGGGAUGGGGAUCGAAGGCGACGGCGAGGCAGGGCCGGGAAGCCCAGUUCGCGGGGUCGCCACCGGGGAAGGCGAGGCGGUCGGCGGCGGCGAGGCAAACGCACGGCCGCCACGCCGCGGAGGGGUGAAGGUGAAGCGGGCCCUGAGGAUGAAGCCCCUGCCUCCCCGCGGCGAGAAACAGCGGCCGGCUUCUCCGGCCCGGAGCUCGGCGCCGGCGGAGGAGGAGUGCAGCCACAGGGAAGAGGACGCCAUCACCAGGAGCCGUCGGAUCUGGGAGAGGCGCUGGGCCGGCCGUUACGGCGCCUUCGACGACGAAACGAGUAUCGGUCCCAUGCGCUACACAUUCAAACCGCUUACCCCAGAAUACCGAUUCACAGAACAGACCGUGCAGAUCUUCUCCAUCAGGGUCAGGGCCCCAACAGAUGGUCUCAGGUGGCCGCUGCGUGUCCAUGGCCACAUUGCCACCAGAGACUCGAUGGAUCAGAAUCGCAACUAUCUCUUCAGGCGCACAAGGGAUAACUGCCAAACCCUCACACAAGACAUGAGUACCAUCUAUCUAGUUGAUCCAUCCUUGCUGCUAACGGGCCCAUCCCGUGCUAUUGUGUACCUUGCUCCGGUUACAUUCGAAGUCCAGUUAAAAGUAAAGGGCGAAGGAGAGUCUGAAGAUGAGAUGCUGGCUUUCGGUGCCUUCUACUACGACGAUGGGUCUGCUUGUGAAUGCAAGCUCUCCAUACGCUACGACCACAAGCGCUGCAUGAUCGAGUACGAAGUGGCGCUGCGGCCACGCUCGGUUGAGGCCACGAUCAGCUUGAAGGUCGUCAAGGGGUCGUGGCCGGAGAACCACCGAGGAUUAGUCGUCGCCAUUACCUCAGGCGUAGACGAGAAGAUUGCCCUGCUUCAUUGUCGAGACAGAGAACUUCCCGUCGGUCCGGAUGGUGUAAUCGAGCUCUCGAGGCGGGUUGUUUCCGUGGACUUGGGAGAGAAACUGUUGGUUGCGGUGGACGCAUCUCUGUCCGACUUUCUUGCGCGGGGUACAGCUGUGUUCAAUCCGGUGUGCUCCGGCAUGAGCCAUGGCGUGUGCGACCUUGGUUCCUGCAAGAUUCAAGUCACCGUUGGUUGGUCCCUCUUUGUUAUUGUUGUUUGAACAUAGACUGUGUUGAGUAGUGGUUGCUCGACCGCUGUCGAAGUGUUUCGAGGCUGUCCAGUUCUUUCUGGUUAGACUUUCAGUGGUAGCAUCCUUGAAACUGUUGAACUGUUCCUGUAUGAUCAUGUUAUGGUGCUCGGCUAAUGUUAUGGCGCUCGGCUAAUGUCAUGGUGCUCACCUUUGUUAGCGUUUA